AUGCAGCCCGUGGCAAGCAGAGAGGGACAAAAUCAAACAACUGUUUCUGAAUUCAUACUCUUGGGAUUUGGAUAUCUCCUCAAUCUGCAGGUUGUUCUCUUCAUGCUCUUCUUAACAAUCUACUUGGCCACCAUGGCUGGGAAUCUCCUCAUUGUUUUUUUGGUUAUGGCUGUCCAACAUCUCCAUACUCCCAUGUACUUCUUCCUAGGGAACCUCUCCUUUCUUGAAUCCUGCUACAGCUCAACAAUUCUGCCCAAGAUGUUGACUGUACUUCUGACCGGUGAAAGAACUAUAUCUAUAAAAGCCUGCUUCACACAAUUUUUUAUAUUUUCUUGCUUGGGAGGUUCUGAAUGCUACCUCUUGUCUGUGAUGUCUUAUGACAGGUACUUAGCAGUAUGCAGACCAUUACAUUAUGCCACUCUAAUGAACAGUAGGCUCUGCCUGCAGUUGGCAGCUGGAUCUUGGGUUAGUGGACUCCUGGUUGGCACAGGCAUAACUGUUAGGGUAUCACAGUUAUCUUUCUGUGGUCCCAACAUCAUUGAUCAUUACUUCUGUGAUGUCAUACCAGACAUAAAAGAGAUUUCUUGCACCGACACAUACUUAGUAGAAUUGUCUGCCUUCAUAUUUGUUUGCAUUUUCACCCUGCCACCCUUUGUUCUCACAAUGGCCUCCUAUGCUUACAUCAUCACUACAAUCCUCAAAAUCCCAUCUACCACUGGAAGACAAAAGGCCUUCUCUACCUGCUCAUCUCACCUCACAGUGGUGGCCCUCUUUUAUGGAACGCUGAUGCUAGUUUAUAUGCUCCCAGGAUCAAGGAAACUCAGAUACACGAAGAAAAUAUUUUCUCUCUUCUAUACUGUCCUAACUCCCAUGGUCAAUCCCUUGAUAUACAGCUUGAGAAACAAAGAGGUGAAGGAGGCGUUGCAAAGAGUUAUUAGGAAGUUCAUAGCCUAUUCAACGUUUUAG